AUGGCACCACCUGCAUCGCCGCACCUCCUCCGCCACCAGGACUCCCUGGAGGGGAUGCUGGAUUUUUCGCCGCUGCCUCUUCCAGAUGGUGACCACGUAAAUGCUGAGCGCCGGUUUUACCAAAUCAUCGACCACUUUGGAAGCGAAGACCAUGGUCGUGGGCCAGGUCAAGACACCUAUGACCGCAUCAAACUCGUCAGCUUAACGUACAAGUACUCGACGAAUAAAAUAUGCAAAGGCAGAAUUCUGGUUGCCUUCUUUACGCUUGCAGGACUGCCAAUAACAUCGGGUGAAGCUGAAGACAUCAACUUUGAUGAUCCCACCCAUAGAGACAAGCUCCGAACUUCCCUCGACAACUUUGCCGAUCUCCUUUUCAAUAACUUUUUUCUGCCACUGAAAGCAUCAAUCGGAAAAACACCUCAGCCUACACCAGCAUGUUAUACAGCCAUUAUGCAGACGCAACCAGAUCAUACCUUCACAGGGACAACAGACAGAAUUUCCAAUCUGAGAGGGACCUGUCUAAUACGAGAUCGCUAUCGUUGUGUCAUAUCGAAUAAAUUUGACGAGAUAGAGGCCAUAAAACGCUUCGAGUCGGAAGGACAUGGUCAAGGUGUGGCAUGCGAUCAAGAUGGCCAGCCUCUGAAAGGACAGCCGUUUGAACAACUCGAGGUAGCGCACAUCUUGCCUCACUCGUUGACACAAGUUGACUCUGACGGAAAACUGAACGACUCCAAACAAAUAGCGCUAAAGAUACUGAAUAUGUUCGACCACAGAGCUGCCCAUCUGAUCGACGGUGUUAAGAUUGACCGUCCUCGGAAUGCUCUAACGCUCACGCGCGGACUGCAUACACACUUUGGCAGUUUUAAGAUCUUUUUUCAGCCUGAUAGUACAGUUCUACAUCAGUACCACAUUGGAACAUUUCUCCCCCCAGCGGUAUUAAAUGAUUUUCCCAUUACUCGGACGCUCACUGAAAAUAGCAACAUUGACCUACCAUCACCGCAACUACUGACAAUCCACUGUGCUAUCGCCCACAUCCUGCACCUCUCUGGGGCAGGUGAUUAUAUCGACAGACUUCUAAGGGAUGCUGAUGAGUAUGGGAUUCGGCAUGAUGGAAGUACUGAGCUAUAUUGUCUAAUAGGACUUCGUCUUAAUAACUGGGUGGGUAGACAAGUUGAUCGCGAUAUGGCAAUGGUGUAA